AUGACAACAACAAUUAAACUUGAACAAACAUCAAAAGGAUGGGAUCAAUCAGCUGAAGGAUAUAUGGAUAUGAUGCAAAAGACAGGUUUUACAAGAUCAUUUGCCCAAGACUUACUCAAUGACACUAUACCAUUGGAUGGAAAGAUUAAACAAGGUGUAAAGGUUUUAGAUAUUGCAACGGGUGCUGGUGCAAUGUCAAUCAUUACAGCCAAUAGAAUAAAGUCGGUUGGUGGACAUGUACUAGCAACUGACUUUUCAUCAGAGAUGUUAAAGUGUUUGGAAAAGGAGAUUCAAAAAGAAGGAGGUAUCAACAACAUUACAGCACAAGAGAUGGAUGGUCAAAACCUAACACUCUCAGACAACUCAUUUGACUUUGUUUACAUUGUCUUUGGUCUAAUGUUCUUUCCCGAUAAAAUACGUGGUAUCACUGAAAUGUUUCGUGUUUUAAAGUCAGGUGGCACAUGUGGUAUUGCUACUUGGUCAAUGACUAAUCCAACUGCUGCCGUUCUCAUUGGAACGAUUGCCAAACUAGACCCUUCUCGUCCACCAAGUGGACCAUCUCCAGUCAACAGUCUUGCCGAUCCAGUCGGUAUUGAACAACUAUUCAAACAAGCUGGUUUUGUCAAUAUCAAGGUCACACCCAAAGAGCACAGUAUGGAAUGCUCACUUGAUGAAUUUUUAGUAUUCAUCAAUGGUAAUCCAGUGUUUGCAAGUGCCAAAGAAUCACUUCCCAUUGCCAACCAACACCUCUUUGAACAAACCAUUAAAGAAAUUGCUCUUGAAAUUUAUCCAACCGGUCAAUUAAAAUUAAAUUCUCUUGCUUAUCUUACAACUGCUCAAAAGCCAUAA